AUGCGCUUCUCGGCAAGCCUGGUUUCGUUGGGUCUUGCUCUCAACGCACACGCUCUUUCCUCGUCGUCUGAACUGGAUGAACGCGAUCUUAAUCCCUUGGAGGGCUCCUUCGAGCACGUAGCUCGCGACCAUUCCUUCCAUGCACGGAAUGCUCUGUCCCAUCGUCGGCCUCGCAUCGUGAAACGGGCAAGCACUUGUGGAGCGACGACCACGGCUAAAGCCACUACAACCACCAAGGCCGCCACGACGACCAAGGCGACUUCCACAACAACGACGACCACUGCUGCCUCCACCAAUACUGUAGCCGUCGGCGCCAAGAAGACAUGGACAAAAAUCAAGGAAUACUCUGGCUCCAGCUUCUUCGAUGACUGGACGUUCUUCACGGACGCCGAUCCCACCAGUGGUACCGUUACCUACGUGGACGAGGCUACGGCGGUAAGUUCGCGCUCCGCUCUUAUCAGUGCACUAGCUUACGCGGACGAACGUCAGAGUAGCAACGACUUGAUUGGGUUGCUAUCAAAUGGCACCGCUGUCAUGUCUCUCGAGACCACCUCAACCGUCUCUUCAACGCGUAAAAGCGUGCGCAUCGAGUCGAAAAUGGUCUUCACCGGUGGUCUCGUGCUUAUGGAUGCCGUCCACAUGCCGACUGGCUGUGGUACAUGGCCAGCGUUCUGGUCGUACGGCCCCGACUGGCCUUAUAACGGCGAGAUCGACAUGAUGGAGGCUAUCAGCGACGAGACGGUCAAUCAGUACGCUAUCCAUACCGGACAAGGGUGCUCGCUGCCUACCUCAGACCUUACAUCGCUCGGCAUGACGACAUCGACGCUCUACGGCGCAACGGACUGUUACCCAUACACCACCAAUGGCGGAGGAUGCGGCAUCCGUGACACUGAUUCGCGGUCGUUCGGGCCUGGGUUCAACAAGAAUGGCGGUGGUGUGGUCGCUAUGAUCUGGGUCACGGAAGGUAUACAAGUUUGGUUCUUCCCGCGCGGCUCGAUUCCCUCCGACAUCACCGCCGGCACGCCUUCGCCAUCCAAGUGGCCGCAAGCCCAGCUCAAGGCUUUCUGGCCUUCCACCGACUGCACAAUUGCGAACUACUUCAACAAUCACCAUCUCGUGUUCGACACGACGCUCUGCGGUGACUGGGCUGGCAACACUUGGUCCAGCACAGACGGCGGUAUUGCUGGGCAGGAGCAGAGCUGCGCUACACGCACAGGAUACUCAACUUGCUCUGCCUUUGUAAAGGCUCAGGGCGGGAGCUUUGCAAAUGCGUACUGGGAGGUCAACUACGUGAAGGUCUAUCAGGACGCCAGUGAUUCUACGAUGACGUACACCCUGUAA